AAGAUUUAGACGAACAUGGCGAAAUAGACAGUUGGAAGGUUCGGUGUUGUAAACAAAUAGAACGAGUCAUAAUAGUGAAUUGCGUUCAAAUGACGGUGAAUACGUCAGCGGCUUCCUCCUCGCUACCGAGCGCGACGUAGCAGUACCCGGGUGACGCAAUUGGCUUUUCAAUGUCUUAUCUACGGCGGACCGCGGAGUGUAGUGCACCGCCGCCGUCAGUCGCCGAGUGACCGUUCCACUGCGCGCGCGCCGCUCGCGCGCCUGUUCCGUUCCACUUGUUUUUGUCUUCAUUCGGUGACCGUCGAGGACGAGCGAAGAACUGCGCUUUCGGUGAUCGUUCAUGUGUUCGUGGACCGUCCGCUCCGGAGUUACCGCCAUGUACAUGUCCGGAUUCUUCAUCCUCUCCCCCGAGAUAACGGCGAGGAUGACCCCCCAGGAGGAGCGCGAGAGCCGGGGAGCGGAGAUCGCGGACGCGUUCGAGGACGACAUGUUCGGGCCGCCGCGCACCGAGCCCGCCGCCCGCCCCAAGCUGUCCAUGAUCUCCGCCCGCCUGCGCGCCAACGAGGAGCGCAAGCGCGUCAUCGAGAUCUGCUCGCAGAAGCUCGAAAACAUCGAGGACCCCGCGCGCGACCUGCGCCGGUCCGUGUGCAUCAACAACACGUACUGCCGCCUCAGCGAGGAGGCGCGGAAGGAGAAGGAGGCGCGGCGGCGGCGGGCGCGGGAGGAGUGCGACGACUCGUGGAUCGGCAAGAAGGCGCGCCGCGAGGUCGAGGACGAGUGCCUGGCGCUGCUCGACGAGAUCCCCGAGCUGGCGGACGCGAACCUCGGGUGCGCGGCGCUGGCGCGACAGAUGCCGCGGCCGGACCUGCUGCCCGUGCUGCCACAGGGGCUGCUCACGGUGCUGGACUCAUGACCGCGCCGCCCCGCGCCGCUGCCGCUGUGAGCCCCGCGCGAGUGAGCGCCGACCGACGCGGCCCCGGGUGGCGGCCGACGCCGACCCGUCGUCGCCCCGGCCGGCCGACGUCUAGCCAAUUCCUCGUCGAAGAGGACCCGCUCCGUCGGCGCGUUUUUAUAUUAUUUAGUGAAAGUUGCUCAGCCGCCGGCGGGCGCGGUCCGAUCAGUGUUCGAUGGUUCUCUUUUAUCGGCGGUCCGCUCGUCCGACGGAGAAGUGGAGUACCGAUGACGAUGGAGAUGUAGAUAUUUAAGACGUAAUAUUAGCGCAUUACUAUUGUACUUUAAUUAUUUAGCGUAAGUGAUUAGGAGAUAGUGCAAAUUGCCUGGGAACGGUCGCCGACGCGGGAGCCCCGCGACGUAAGGGAUAGGAGCGGCGGUGCUUUGCGGCCAGCUAUCGAAAGUAAAAGCAAAGUAUGCAGAAACGACGAUCGAGUGAGACGGCGCGUUGGGAAACGGCGGGGGGCGAUCGAGUGUUACGUACGGCAGCGUAUUACUUGUAACAAAGGAAAAAAUCUCGUAAGUGGUGACGUGCGCGUUCGCCCGCCGCUCGGCGUUCGCUGGAGCGACCUCCCUCGCGUAGAUAAGCAAGGCCGAUCGACUCCGACCGCCGCAUUUUAAUAAGUCUGAUAUUUCAACGAUUUCUGUUAAUGCGUCUAUAAUGUUUACUCGUAUAUUUUGUUUCUAUGUUACCUCUAUUGCAAAUUACGCUUCGUUACCAUUAUGUUAAGGUUCUGUACUUAGCGGAUUGACGUCGUUAAUUUAUUUUAGUUUUAAAUCGGGGUGGCGACUUCGGUUGUGCAAUAGUUAGGUCGCGAUGCAUUUCGAGAUUUUUUAUUGAAAUCUUAGUCGCUGCGAAAUGUAUCGGCAUUAGCCCGCCUCGCCCCCUCUGAAUAGUGAACGGGCACCUGGGCGGUCGCGGGGGGCGGGCGGGGGCCGAGGGCGGGCGUGGGGUAGGGUGAACCGUUCCCAGAACCUCCUGUGAUAUUAGCCUAGCCUGUAUGUCGUAUUCGUGCUAGUUUCCCCAUCCAAGUUUUUUGGAAAUCGUGCUAUGUAUAAAGAACGCUUGAGGAAAUUUACUCCUUUUUCAUUGGCCAAUUUCGAACGGAUGACCAAAUUUUUGGAUACACCCGACGGUAGUGCGUUUAGGUGUUUUUGUCGCCGUUACGGUGAGCACGUAGAAUUUUUUUGUAUGGAGUUUGUAUGUCGAUAAGGAUCGUGUAUUAUAAAAUUAGGCGCUUUUGUAUCCGCCGGCUCGAAUUCGGCUUACACUGAUUAUGAGUUAAACGGAAUGCAAACGCGACGAUAUAUUCAGAAAGUCGAACUCGGUGGUAGAAUUCGAACGAUGCUCUCCGUCCCUUUCGCUCCGCUCGCUCCGUGGUGGGCGAGAGCGAGACGGAUAGAAGUGGAGCUGCGCCGAGUUACCUCUCCGAUUUAGCAUUCCGUAUCAUGUUCACUAGUUAAACAACAAAUUACCAAAUGUAUUUUAAAAACGCACACACGUAUCUUAAGUAGUCCUCGCAACGUCUCCGACGGAACGUUACGAAGACGUCUGUUGUUUUAUGGCCGCUUAUCACCUCCCGAAGCGCUCGUUCAUUUCGGGACGAGUUUAGUAUUACGCGGCUCGCACCACUUCCGCGAACCGCUCAUCAUUAUAAUUACUCAAUAGGUAAUUUCGCAUGAGAUUUUAAUUUAAGUACAGUCAAGUUACUCGCAUUUGGUUCGUAAAUUAAUUUAAAGUAUUUAUUGAAGUCCGCCAUGUCGAGUCAAAAUGGCGGCGGUAUUUUUAUAACCAUAGACAAUGUGACCAAGGAGCCAAUAAUACCGCGAUUUAAUUGUCUAUGUCAUGUCUGUAACGUUUCUGAAAGCCAUUACGGCGCCACAUCUAGUAGAUUACCAGCUAAACGAGCCUCGCUCCGACAAAACCGUAUAAUUAAACGAAAUAUCUAACUCACACCGACCAAAAAUAGUUUUAAGUAUCAAUUUUAUACAAUGUUGAAACGAGUUUCUAAAUUGUUGAACAUUUUGUUUCAGAUGUUUGAUUGUGUACAUUUAUUUUGAAUUCUUUUUUGUGAAAUUUAUAUAAAAGCGUAGAGCCAUGUUUGUUACUUAUUAAGAUCGUGCUAAUAAACACAGAUCAGAUUAAUUAAAAUUUGGAAGAAACGCUGAAUCGAAGUGUGUUGCAGCCAUUUUAUUUUUUUUAAUUAUUAUUUAUUGUUGACUCUGACCUGUGUUUGUUAGUGAGGUUUUUAAAGUGCGCUAAUGCCACAGAGGCAAUGGAAAAAGGAAAUAAAGAAAACAAUAAGAAUAAAGAACUUUGGUAAAAUGUUAUCAUAAUUUUAUUAUUAUGACUAGCAACUAUUUUAUAAAUGUUUCCUGUCAUAAACUAUAAGAAAAGAAAUAAAGUAAAUAUUAAAAUAUA